AUGGGGGCAAAAUUUGCCCCGUCAUAUGCUAACAUAUUUAUGGGAUGGCUAGAGAUCAACUUUGUCUAUGCAGAUAGAAACCCCUUCAUCCAUCAUAUACGAUUGUAUAAACGUUUAAUUGACGAUCUGAUUAUUAUUUGGUCCUCUGAUGGUAAAUCGGCUGAGGAGUUCACAGAAUUCCUGAACAUAAGUGACAAUGGAGUGAAAUUCACCCAUGAAUGGCAAAAAUCAGAAAUCCAUUUCUUGGAUGUUAACCUUAGGGGAGACACUGACACUGGCACCAUUAUAUCCAAUUUGUAUAGAAAACCCAUUGCAGGAAAUACCCUUUUACAUCACAAAAGCGCCCACCCUAAACAUGUUUUCAAGGGUAUCACAAAAGGACAGCUACUUAGGGCUAAAAGGAUCUGCAAUAGGGAAUCUGACUACAAAAAGGAGAGCCAAGAGAUAAAAAAUAGGUUGCUUGAAAGAGGGUACAACCAAUCUUUGGUUGAUAACGCCUUGGAUGAAGUAACCAAAAUUAAAAGAGGUGAUGUCCUUCAGAAAAGCACACUUACAAAGUCUGAUCACAAAACCAAAAAUUGUACACUCUUCAUCACCAAGUAUUCAACGGAAUUCUACGAGAUUUGUAGAAUUCUCAAGAAAUACUUCCCCAUGUUAUAUGGGGACAAACAACUAAAAACGGUAGUGGAGAGAGGAUUCAAAUGUGUUUAUUCCAGAAAUGUCACAUUAGGAAACAUCCUAUCUCCAAGUCAAAUAACACAGAAUACCAGGCCCACUACUUGGCUCUCUGUAAAUGGGACCUAUAAGUGUGGAGUCUCAAGAUGCAAGGCCUGUGAUUUCAUCACAGAAGGGAAAGCAUUGGUUAAAGCAGACGAUAUUUUGGAAGCAUUUACUAAAUACUAUAGUGAACUCUAUUCGGCAAAAACAGAGGACAAGGGCCAGUCUGAACGAUUUUGGAGUCAGAUCAUUUGCCCUACAAUUACUACAGAAAUAAACUCUGUCUUAAAUAGCCCGAUAUCCAAUGAGGAAAUUAGCAAAACGAUUUCUGAACUAUCUAUGAACAAAGUAGCAGGCCCUGAUGGCAUCCCCAACGAGGUUUAUAAGAUCUUAACUCAAGAGAUAACUCCUCAUCUAUGUAAUACGUAUAAUGAUUUUUUCAUUACGGGCAAACCCAUACCAGCUGACUUUUCCGCUUCUUUCACAACUUUACUUCUUAAAGGAGGCAAGGACCCCAAUCACAAGGACUCUUAUCGACCCAUAGCCCUGUUAAAUUCAGACUAUAAGAUUCUUGCCUCAAUCUUGGCACGUAGACUGCAAGGCGGUCUUCCAUACAUCAUUCACAAUGACCAAGCAGGGUUUAUACAUCGACGAAAUUCUGCUUCUAAGAUUCGGGAAGUUCUGCUGGUGUCUGAAUUUUUUCAGACAAGAGAGGAGGGGACAGGGGACAACAAAGAUCUUGCAAUAGUCGCCAUCGAUGCGGCUAAGGCAUUUGACUCAGUUUAUUUCAGUCACCUUUUCACCUCUUUAAAUAAAUUUGGGUUUAGGGACAAUUUCCCUAACUUCAUAAAGAAUUUAUAUACAUGUCCUCAUACCAGACUCAUAGUGAAUAAUUCUUUAUCCUCCAAUAUUAUUAUUGAGAGGGGAACGCGACAGGGUUGCCCCCUGUCCCCCCUUCUCUUUAAUAUUGCCAUAGAAUCACUAGCAAUAAGGAUCAGACAGAACAUUGAGGGCGUUAGAAUCGGUGAACAUGAAAUGAAAGCUGCAUUAUAUGCGGAUGAUAUUCUUCUUUACAUCUCAAACACAAAGGUAAAUAUACCCCAACUGUUCAGCAUUAUAGAUCAAUUUGGCUCAUUCUCUGGGAUUGGUACUGCAGCAUUGGCCGUGCAAGUGGUCGGCAGCAACUGGCCAAAGCCACACUACACAUUGCUAGUCACAGGCCUAUGCCGCUUCCAGAUUAUGCAAAUCCUGAAGGAAAGACCAUACCCAGUCGCAGAAGUGGAGCAGUUAGAUCGACUUGAAGAAUUAAGCAGCAAGUCCGAAUUAAAGGAGGCUCUAGGUGAUCUAUCUGAGCAAUUUUACAAGUAUGCAGUGCAGCUUUUGGACAUGCUGGAUAGUUCUGUUCCUGCAGUCAUCAAAUUAAAGCGUUUGCUAAAUAAUCUGCCCAAGGAUCUGUUGCCAGAUGUCCUGAGUUCUAUCAUCCGGACAACCAAUGAAGAAAAGCUCCAGAUACUAGAAGCUGUUGAGCUUGAAGAACGUUUCAAGGUUACAAUACCUCUCCUGUUAAGACAAAUUGAAGGUUUAAAACUCUUGCAGAAAACUCAAAAUAGCAAACUGGAUCAAGAUAACAAAAGGGUUUUAACAAUUCGUCCUAUGAGAAAGCUUGGAGCAAUAUCUGGCAAACCAUUUUCCUUGGAAAACACUGAAGAUGAUGAUGAAGAUUCUGAUGACAUCUUAAUGAUUGAGAGAAAAAUCAAAUCCGCUAAUAUGCCGGAGACCGCUCUGAAAGUCUGCAUCAAGGAAUUAAAAAGGUUGAAGAAAAUGCCACACUCUUCCAUGCCUGAAUAUGCUCUGACCAGAAACUACUUGGAAUUGAUGUCUGAGCUGCCUUGGAGUAAAAGCACAAAAGAUUGUCUAGAUAUACGUUCAGCCAGAAUCCUGCUUGAUAAUGAUCAUUAUGCCAUGGAAAAGCUAAAAAGGAGGGUUCUAGAAUACCUGGCUGUCCGGCAACUCAAGAACAACCUGAAGGGGCCAAUCCUCUGCUUUGUGGGCCCACCUGGAGUAGGCAAAACCAGUGUGGGUAGAUCUAUAGCCAAGACCUUGGGCAGAGAGUUCCACAGGAUUGCACUGGGAGGAGUGUGUGAUCAGUCUGACAUUCGAGGACAUAGGCGUACAUAUGUAGGCAGUAUGCCGGGACGUAUCAUCAAUGGCUUGAAGACUGUUGGAGUGAAUAAUCCAGUGUUUCUAUUGGAUGAAGUUGACAAGCUAGGGAAGAGUCUGCAAGGAGACCCAGCUGCUGCUUUACUGGAGGUGUUGGACCCGGAGCAAAACCACAACUUUACUGACCAUUACUUGAAUGUGCCCUUUGACCUCUCCCAGGUCCUGUUUAUUGCCACUGCCAAUACAACAGCUUCUAUUCCCCCUCCAUUGCUAGACCGCAUGGAAGUUAUACAGGUGCCAGGUUAUAGUCAGGAGGAGAAGGUUGAAAUCGCACAUCGCCAUCUCAUCUCUAAACAACUCGCUCAGCACGGUUUGACACCUCAGCAAAUUCAAAUUCCACAGGAAACGACCCUGGAGAUUAUCACCAGGUAUACAAGGGAAGCUGGUGUGCGCUCCCUGGACAGGAAGUUUGGAGCUAUUUGCAGAGCUGUGGCUGUUAAAGUGGCCGAAGGACAACACAGGGAGUCCAAGUCUGAACCUGGGGAAGGAGUUGAUAGAGAAGAACACAAGAUGACCCCAGAGGAUUCCAAAUCUGGAAUUGUCAGUGAGACAGCAGACCUGGCCUUGCCUCCUGAAAUGCCAAUUCUUAUUGAUCGUCAUGCCUUGAGAGAUAUCCUGGGAGCUCCAAUGUAUGAAAUUGAGGUGUUUGAACGUUUGAACCAACCAGGAGUUGCCAUCGGAUUGGCUUGGACCCCUUUGGGUGGUGAGAUCAUGUUUGUGGAGGCCAGUCGUAUGGAUGGAGAAGGGCAGCUAACUCUGACAGGACAACUCGGAGAUGUAAUGAAGGAGUCAGCACAUCUUGCUAUCAGUUGGCUGCGUAGCAAUGCAAAGAAAUAUCAUCUGACAAAUGCCGCUGGGAGUUUUGAUCUCCUUGACAACACAGACAUCCACCUGCACUUUCCAGCCGGAGCAGUCACAAAGGAUGGUCCAUCUGCCGGUGUUGCCAUAGUAACUUGCCUAGCCUCACUUUUCAGUGGCCAACUGGUGUCUUCAGACAUAGCUAUGACUGGAGAGAUUACACUUCGGGGUCUUGUUCUUCCUGUUGGUGGAAUCAAAGAUAAAGUACUGGCUGCCCACAGAGCUGGGCUAAAGAGAGUGAUGAUACCCAAGAGAAAUGAAAAGGAUCUGGAGGAGAUUCCCCUGAAUGUGAGGAGAGACCUUCAUUUUGUGAUGGCCAGCUCACUGGAUGAAGUUCUUAAUGCAGCCUUUGAUGGGGGGUUUUCACACAAGAUCACUACUGAUAUUUUAAAUAGUAAAUUGUGAAAUGUAUCUUGAUAAAUAAAAAGUUGUGAUUACAAUCCACAUUGAUAAAGCAUAGCCCCUUUUCAGAAAUGUAUAUUUAAAAAGUCCAUAACAAUUUUGUUACAGAGCAGUUUUCAUGAAUUAUAAUAUCUGGGAUUUCAACAUAACAAUUGCUCCAGUAUUUUCAAGUUAGUGGUUCAGUUUGUAGAGUGGUGUUACAGAUAUUGUUCUCCCAGGACCUUUUUAGCGGAUGCACCACCCUGCUGACCAGCGGGCUAUAAUUUUAGCCAAUAUUAAGCCUAAAUUAGCAAAUAAUAAAAAUGCUCAAUUUUUAUUGUACAAAUUAUCAUUAAAUACAUUUAUACUAAAUUAUGUAAUUAAUUUGUGCGUUGGUUAGCAGAAUAUAUAUAUUAUUAGAAAAUAUUACACUGCCCUCACAAUUUUCUGUGGAGAACACCGAGAUAAGUUACAUGGUUCUUAAAAUCCAUUUUGCUGUCAUAUAAGAUCUAACUGAGGUGUAAAACAUUUAUUUAGUGGUUUUCCUGCAGUUUGCGCUGAAUUAAUUCUGCUAAUACUGUUAGCAUACUUGUAAACACAAAUGUAUUUAAAAAGUAAAACGUAAAUUUAAAUGUAAUAUUUCAAUCAGACCUUUAAGCCAUUAACAAAAAGGACAUCAGAAUGUUUGUUUAUGAUUGAAAUGGAAAUUGUUAACUGUUAUUGUUUAAGUGAAAAAAAAAUUAGAUUUGAAGGGACAUAAAACCCAAUUUUUUCUUUCAUGAUUCAGAUCAAGCUUUAAACAACUUUCCAGUUUACUUCUGUUAUCUAAUUUGCUUCAUUCCCCUGGUAUCCUUUGUUGAAAAACAUACGUAGGCAGGCUCAGGAUCUAGCUGUUAAUAGGUGGCUGCACAUUUAUGCCUCGUCAUUGGCUUAUCAAGGUGUUUAGCAAGCUCCCAGCAGUGCAUUGCUGCUCCUUCAAUAAAGGAUACCAAGAUAAUGAAGCAAAUUGAUAAUAGAAGUAUCUGAAUAAUGGAAGAAAAAAAGUGAUAGUCAAUAUUAAUUUAGCCACUUUCAUCACAGUAAAGGUGCUUUGCAAAAAAAAAUAUGUUUUUCAGUUGAUAGCUACUUUUUUUUCAAUCAGUUAAGAAUCGUAAACUACUGAUUAACUAGAAAUAGAUAUUUUAAAGCCUAAAAACUGUAUUUUUAAUAAUUUGUCAAUUAAAUUAUAUUGAACAACAAACUACA